GUUUAUUGGAUCUAUAUAAUAGCAUUAACAGAGACCUUAAACAGAGCAGAAAAAUAUGGAUGAGCUAAAGCCAACGCCACCAAAUUCAAGUCCUCUUACUCCUAUUACCUUCUUGGAAAGAGCUGCUACUAUCUAUGCCGAUUGCCCUUCCAUCGUCUACAACAACACAACUCACAAUUGGUCCCAAACCCAUUCUCGUUGCCUAAAAGUUGCUUCAUCCAUUGCAUCUUUUGGUAUUCAAAGAAAUCAUGUUGUCUCCGUUGUUGCCCCUAAUAUCCCUGCCAUGUAUGAGCUUCAUUUUGCUGUUCCCAUGGCUGGUGCUGUACUCAACACCAUUAAUCUCCGUCUUGAUGCACGUACUAUCUCUGUACUCCUCCGUCACAGCGAAUCUAAACUCCUCUUCGUUGAUUGUCAAUCCAAAUCCCUAAUUCUCGAAGCUCUGUCCUUAUUUCCGCCUGAAUUCCACCGUCCGGUUCUCGUUCUUAUCGAGGACGACGAAUUCCCAAUUCCAAAAACUGAUGAAUUUAUCGCUACUUAUGAGGAAUUGGUUGAAAGAGGGGAUUCGGGUUUCAAUUGGAUUCGCCCGAAAAGUGAAUUUGAUCCGAUUGCUAUGAAUUACACUUCUGGAACUACAUCUGCUCCGAAAGGUGUGGUUCAUAGCCAUAGGGGUAUUUUCGUUGUUUCGUUGGAUUCGUUGAUUGAAUGGUCCGUUCCGAAACAGCCGGUUUAUUUAUGGACGCUACCUAUGUUUCAUGCAAACGGAUGGAGUUAUCCAUGGGGAAUGGCUGCUGUUGGUGGAACGAAUAUCUGUUUGAGAAAAUUCGAUGCCGGAAUCAUUUAUGACUCGAUCAACAAACAUGGUGUUACUCAUAUCUGCGCUGCUCCAGUGGUACUCAACAUGUUGUCGAAUUCCCCUGACAGUAAGCCAUUAAAACACCCUGUUUAUAUAAUGACAGCAGGAUCCCCACCCCCUGCUGCUGUCCUGUUUCGAACAGAGUCCCUUGGAUUUGUAGUCCAUCAUGGUUAUGGACUUACAGAAACUGGUGGAUUAGUUAUUUCUUGUACAUGGAAAAAUCACUGGAAUAAAUUUCCAGCAAAUGAAAGAGCAAGGCUGAAAUCAAGACAAGGGGUUAGGACAUUAGGGAUGGCGGAAGUGGACGUGGUGGAUCCAGAAUCAGGAGUCAGUGUUAAACGGGACGGAUCAACAUUAGGAGAAAUUGUUCUAAAGGGUGCCUGUGUCAUGUUGGGUUACUUUAAAGACCCGGAAGGAACGUCGAAAUGCAUGAAAGAUGAUGGUUGGUUUUACACAGGGGAUGUGGCAGUUAUGCAUCCUGAUGGAUACUUAGAAAUUAAAGACAGAUCAAAGGACGUGAUCAUAAGUGGUGGAGAGAAUUUGAGCAGUGUAGAAGUGGAAUCAGUGUUGUAUACCCAUCCAGCGAUUAACGAAGCAGCAGUAGUGGCACGGCCAGAUGAAUUCUGGGGCGAAACACCGUGUGCAUUUGUUAGUCUGAAUGGAAAACACAAGGCGAGUGAAAAAGACAUUAUUGAGUUUUGUAGAGCCAAAUUGCCACAUUAUAUGGUACCAAAGACUGUCAUAAUUAAACAAGAGCUUCCAAAGACAUCAACAGGGAAAAUUCAGAAGUUCGUGCUUAGAGACAUUGCUAAAAGUAUGGGGAAAAGCAAUAGCAGCAAGAAGGUGAGCAGAAUGUAGAGAUGAGUUAACUCAGCCUGGAUGAGGUUCAAACAAAUCUGUGCUUGUUUUUACUAGUAGUGUGUGGACAAACACAAGAAUAUGAAUGUGACAAAUUGCGUAUGGUUGUUAAAUUGUUAGUCCUAUGACGUGAUUGAUCGUUUAAAUAAUUUAUAGCUUCUGCAACUUUUUGGAUUUGGCAUUUUUCUAUGAGUUGGUUUUAGCGUGCAGUUUUGGGCUUAACUAAUAAAAUGUGGAGGCAGUAAUUUUCAUUUA